UUUAGACUAACGUUAGCCUAACGUUAGACAAAAUUAUGUAUGGGCUGUUAGAUGGAUUUUAUGCUGCUUGUGCAUAUCCCAGCUGUCAUCCCAGCAUCCCAAGAAAUCCAAGCUGUCACCGUCCACCAGCGGCGCUGCUGUAGCAGCGGUGAUAGAAAAGCAAAACAGUUGUCAAACACGAACUGGAUUUUGAUAUUCUUUUAAAAAACUAAAAUUUGACUUAAUUUCAAUGUUUUUGUAUAAGGAGAAUUGUGCAGACUUGUAGUAAACGGAAAGUUUUACAAAAUGAACUGCUGUGUAAUCCCGGGAUGCGGGAACAAGUUCCAGCUGUACCGGGUGCCCAACUCCGGAAAUAAUCGCUUCCGGCAAUGGAAGAAGGUCGCGCCUGUUUUUGGAACUGGAUCCGAGCGGAUUUGCUCUCACCAUUUCAUCGAAACGGACUUCGUGGAAAAUAUCCGGAAGAAGCUGAAGAGCACUGCAAUCCCCUCCAUCAACUUGCCGGCGGAAAGGUUGAAAGCAUCAAACAAAAUAGGCUGCUGCGUUUUGGGAUGCCGCUCCAAAGACAUCAAGAAUAUGGAAAAGUUUCCCUCCAUGACAUCGAAAGCUUGGCUGAAAUGGGCAAACAUACUGGGCUGUGCGGAGGCUAAUACAGCGGGGUGGAAAAUCUGCCAGAAGCACUUCAAGGACGAUGCAUUUACAACAGUUACAUCACGAUACUUGAAGAACAGUGCUGUUCCCACUAAGAAACUGAAAAGGCCCGUGAAGAUAGUGGAAAUUCAUCGCAGACAGAUCAAACAGAUUCCCACUGAACAGUGUCUGCUGGACCAUGACUAUGUGAAAGAAGAUCUACGGCCAAAAAGCAACAGAAUGUGUUCUGUUUACGGCUGCACUACAAAAACGAGCAAAGGCGUAUUUCUUCAUAAAUUUCCGAAAGAGAGGAUCAAGAUGACCGCUUGGGUGCAUGCCAUAAAAUCAGGAAAAAAACCGACAAAAAAUUCUUUUGUCUGCAGUCAACAUUUUCACGAUAGUGACUAUAACACUGGCACAUAAUGGGCUGUAUGGUUGUCCGAAAUGCACAACACGUGGGCGCAGCAUUGGGCACAGAACAGUGUUCCCCAAUAUCGGUUUUGAAUUGAGGACUGACGAUUCAUUUUUAAAUUUGUCGGACCCCCAUCAUCUGUCAGAUCGAUUACCUCCGUUGGCAACGAUAGGAAUUGGGUGUGUUUCCUGUGUACCAAUCGACUACAUGCACAAUGUAUGUUUGGGCGGCAUGAAAUCUCUUCUGAAUUUGUGGGUGGAAACUUCAGGUAAGAGUUAUAGUUUGACACCGGCUCAGAAAUGUAUCAUCGAUUCGCGCAUCGAAGCUGUAAAACGCCAAGUAUGCAGCGAUUUUUCUCGGACUCCACGACCUCUGACUGAUUUGAAGUGGUUCAAGGCAACAGAACUACGAUUAUUAUUGUUGUAUUUGGGACCGUUUAUAUUUUUAAACGUGAUGAGCGAUGCGUAUUAUAAUCAUUUCUUAAAACUUCAUGCAGCCAUUCGCAUAUUAUGUCAUCCUGUUAAGUAUCAAACGGAAAAUGAUAAAGCGAAGAAUUUACUAGAAGCUUUCGGCCAUGAGUUCAUGACGUUGUAUGGAGAACAUCUGUUUGUUUAUAAUUUUCACACAUCUGCCCGAUGAUUGUCUCCUACACGGCUGUUUGGACUCGUUUUCUGCCUUUCCGUUUGAAAAUUAUAUGCAAACUUUGUUACGCUAUGUAAAAAAAUCAUCAUAUCCCUUACAACAGUUUAGAAAUAGAUUUGGUGAGCACUUGAAGUAUGACGUUACGAAAAAAGCAUUGCUACGGCAACGAGGGUCAUCCUACUCUGUGAUCACAAACAGACAGAAUACUAUAAUUUCGAUAGAUGGAAGAGAUAACUUCAUAUGUAAAGAUAAUCAAAUUUUCAAAGUGCAAAACAUCAAACGAGUAGGUAAACAUAUGAUUCUCGACUGUAAUGCUGUAAUGGAAUUGAACUCUCUAUACGUUGAACCUAUGGAAUCAAUUGCCAAUGGAGUUUACUAUUGUCGCGAUGAGCUUAUAUUUUGUGAUGUAAUGAUGUCAAUUGACGCAAAUGAGGUGACCAAAGUACAACGCAUAGUGCUCGAUGAAAUAACAGGUUUUAUAGAAGUAUUACAUACUGGUGUUUAAAAAUGAUUUCGUUUGGUAUAAAUGGCUAUGUAGUAUUAAAUAUUAGAAAAAAUAUAA